UAUUUUAUUACUUUUCCAUCCAAGAAUAGCCGAGCGGUCGCCUCUCUGCUCCCAAAUCCCACCCUCCCCUUCUGUUCCCUCCUCUCCGGCGCCCCCCGUUCACCGCCGCCUACCACCUUCGGACCACCCCAGCGUCCGACCGCGCUUCCCGAACGCCAUCCGCUGUCUCUCCCUUGUUACAAGGAACCAUGGCUGGCAAAGCUAGUGGUGAUAACAGGGAACUGGUGAAUGAGCAAGCAAUUGCAAACAUGUAUGCGGCCAUGCGCUCUGAGAUGAACCAGCUGUACUCAAAGAUCACAGAAUUAGAGAUGGAAAUCAGCGAGCAUUCCCUUGUCAUUGGCGCAAUACAGCCUCUCGAUCCCUCUAGGCGCUGCUAUCGGAUGGUUGGUGGUGUGCUGGUAGAGAGAACAAUUAAGGAGGUCUUGCCUGCAGUGCAGCGCAACAAGGCGGGCCUUGAAGAGGUCAUUGCUCGCCUUAAUGAGGCAUUGGAGAAGAAGAAAAAGGAGAUUGCGGAGUUUGAGUUGAAGCAUAAGAUCAAGAUCAAGAGAGCAGACACAGAGGCUAAGGAAGACAGUAACCUUAAAGAAGGCUCUUCUCAGGGUGUUCUUGUAGGUCCUGCCAAUGAGUAGGGUGAGGGAUGGUACAUUAAGCUACAAAGGUUUAAACUUUUAGAUGGAAGUGUGGUUACCGUUAAUCAUGAGCAUGGAUGCUAUUGUAUUUUUGUGUGAAAGCAUACAUAUUUACGUUAGGUUUUGGACUGCCUCAAAAAAUGACAAGCUUAAGUAGGUAAAUGAUGUGAACGCUUCAUGCUAUUUGUUUGUCGGAAGCCAGAGGAUGAAAGAUCAAGUGGGAAACUAGGUGGAUGGCUCAAUCUGGAAAUGGAUAAACGAACUCCAAGAAAUUACAAAAUGUGCUACAUCUUUAUUCAAUUA